AGAUACGUGAAUUUAGAGACAAUUCUAUAUACCUACAGUUAGCAAAUGUGUUUGACAGCGGUGCGUUUCAUUGUUUACUGCAGCAGCUGAUGAGCCCGGCACCUGCACCAUGGCCGAGGCCGAAAGAGCCCCACCGUCGGGGCCUCCCGACACGAUGGACUUGAAACUUAAAUACGGAUGGCCAUUUCCUGAUAUGAAGGACCCGCCUCUCUCGUUCAGAGUAAAGAGUAACAUUAUAAUUCCCUUGGUUGGAACGUUCAGCAAAAUUCUCUUGCAAUGGUGUAACACUGUGAAUGGGCACAAUGUGGAGCAACUACAGGAGUUGGUUGCCAACAGACCAUCAGGAACACCUCUUGUGACAGUGUCAAACCAUUACUCCUGUAUCGAUGAUCCUGCUCUCUGGGGUUUGCUAAGAUGGCGAGAGUUGUGGAGUGCUCAAAGAAUGCGCUGGUCUCCUGCUGCUCAUGAUAUAGCUUUUACUCAUCGAGUGUACAGUUGGUUUUUCAGCCAUGGAAAGUGUGUUCCUAUCAUCAGAGGACUUGGAGUGUACCAGCAAGCUAUGGAUUUCAUGGUUGAACGACUGAAGGAGGGCCAGUGGGUGCAUAUAUUUCCUGAGGGCAAGGUGAACAUGAACAUGACGCACAUUCGACUCAAAUGGGGCGUUGGAAGGCUGAUAUAUGACUCGCCUGUUUGUCCUAUUGUCUUACCAUUCUAUCAUAUUGGAAUGGACAAAAUUCUACCCAAUCAAACUCCUUAUAUCCCCAGAGUGGGAAAGAUGGUAACUGUCGUGGUUGGAGAUCCAAUGGAUUUCAAGGAAUUGGUUUCGGAAAUGAAGAAAAACCAGGAGGACCCUGCAACGGCACGCAAAGUCAUCACAGAUAAGAUUCAAGAGGAGCUAGGAAAGUUAAGGAAUAGAGCAGAAGAGCUUCAUGCAAAUGUUCCCAGUAAGAAAUAUUAAUGUGAAUAAAAACAGUGAAAUAUGAAAUUGGCAAAUGUGUCAUAGUUUAAGGUAUCUAAACAAUGGUUAGCUACUUGGGUUAUUGAGCAUUCAUCUUGAAACCAAAGUAAAUUUGGCAGUUUGAUAACAAAUAUGUACUUUAUAGGAAAUUGGUGGAAGCUGUAUGCUGACCUUUGUCAGUAAGUUUAAUUACUGGUAGGCCUCGCUUGUAUCUGGACUGAUGACUAUGCACACAGCCUUGCCCUUGGCCAGGGAAAGCUGGCCAAGGGUAUGCGGGGAAUAUUUAUUUUUAUGCUAGUAAUGCUUUUAACAUAUUUAAAAUACAAGUUGUCAACAUGAUUGAGUGAGGGGCUCAGUAAGACAUGUGCCAAGCUCUUCUUUAAAUCUUUUUAUAAUUGCCUUCUUAAUUUGUAGGUCUCGGAUGCAAUUAGACAAGAUUUUUAGUCUUGGAAUGUCAAAAUAUAAUAUGGUGAUAACAUUUUAUUACCAUGAGGUGACAACUUGUCAUUUAAAUAGUGAUCAUCGAAUCUUUAUGAUCACAGUAUUUAUAGCAGUAAUAUCCUAUAUCUAUAACUUCAAUACUUCACCUUGUUUCCCUAGGAAGUUCACUUCUUUGAGGCAGUGACUUCAUAUAAAAUCUUUUCCAAAUGUCCCAGCUACUUCAAAACAUUGAAGAAACUUGAGGAAGCACCUAAAAAGAUUUUCUUCAAAAGAUUUCUACAUGCUGGGUUGGCUAUCACAGGUGACGCAUUUCCUGUCACUUAGAAAAUGGAAAAGGUGAAAAGACUGAAUAUUUCAUUAACAAUUAUAUACUUUAUACCAAAAGGGGAAAUUAGUAUACCUGAGAAAAUGGCAUUAAUAAGCGAAAGAGUAGCAUUUAUUAGUGUAAAGUAGCAUACAGUAUGCAAGUCAGAAUGCAAAAUUAAAGAAGUGGGAAAAAACCAGAUAGGCAUAUAUGGAAAUAGAGAUGUAUUGAUUACAAUACUGUAUUAGCUGAGAAUGCAGUAGAGUGAUGAUACUGGGCUGUAGACCAGCAAGUGGUGUUGAGUAAAAACAUAGACUAGCGAAUGGUACAGUAGUGUGAAAAAUGGAGAUGAUUAAGCUCACCAAUAAGGUCUGUGUCAGUGUGGAGAACACAGCUUGACAGACCAAUGAGGGUGUAGCACUGUACAUGUUGGGAAAGAAAAGUAUUGUCAGUAGAGAAAUGGUACAGUGCUCUCUUUGUUGCAACACAUUAUUACUGCAAUGGUCAAGAUAUGCAAUCUUGUUCGUUACAAUUAUCAUAAUUAUCAAGUAUUCCUUUUACACGAGUGGUGGGGCACUUGCCCAGAUUUGUACAAAUUUUAUUAAAUUAUUUCUUUUUAAA